GGUCAUCAAGAGUAUAGUAGGUUUUACAAAGAUGAACAUAAGUAAUUAAUUAACUAAUUGUAAAACGCAAGCAUUCAUCCUAUAAAUUGUUGUACUGUGUGUUUCAUUGCAUAUCAAAAGCAACAAAAAUCUAAAACCAUCUCUCAUCACACAAAUAUUAUAAAAAAAAAAAGAUUGAGAGAUUUCUGAACCAUGGCAAGGUUGAUGAGCAUAAUCCCAGCUAUGAUGGUUUUGAUUUAUGCAACUGGAUCUCUAGAGAUCGCAGUCGGACAACGAUCAAAAUAUGAGAUUGUUAUUGCCAACUGCGAAAGGAGGAUUCCGAUAGGGCCUGGGCAAGAACUGUAUGAUUACAUAUUCAAGAACAAAGAGUCUGUGAGCGAUGAAGUUUGCCAAGUACUAGUGAAGGCAGGACAACCUUGUCAUGAUGUUCUCAUAAACGAAACUCUCAAGAGAGCAGAGUUCAAAGGACUGGAAGUUGGAUAUCUGCAAAGGAGUGAUGAGAUUUGGAACAAAUGUCUUUCUGUUAGCAAAUGUGUGCCACAGAAUUAAAUAUAAUUUUUAUACUACUAUAUAUAUCUAAUUAUUCAAAUAAUAAACUUUAUUUGUACUAAAUAAUAUAAAAUUUAAAAUAUGGUUGCAACUCAUUAAGAAAUCUAAAUUAUGUUGGUUUUGAUUAUGGCAUUUUUUUCCUUUUUUUAAUCAAUUAACUUGAAAAAUCAUAACACCCAACUCAAAUAGUUCUGAGUGGGCUAACCAUAUAUAACUCAUGUUUGUUAGUUAGACAUAAUUUUCUGGAUAUAACCAACGGUUGAGA